UCUCGGCUCUAUAUUUUGUUGAGGUGAGAACUCUUUUCUCCCUGUAUGACUCCCCAGAACAAAGAUCCUUCGACCUCAAUAUAGAUCUUAUCGCUGACCUGUGCCCCGCGAGGCCCGGGGAACGUCUUGGGGUAUUUCCCCCUUAUUCUUUAAAUAAAGCUUCCCCCACCAAAAAAAAAAAAAAAAAAAACGCCCAACUCCCACGCCUGGCCCCGACAAAUCUGUUUCCAGAAGGGAAAUUUUAUUUACCAAUACCCUACUCGUCUGACCUUAGAGAUAUGAUUACCGGUAUUCGGAGAUCUGAUGGCUGCUAUUUUAUGCGCGUUAAUCUUCAACAGAAAUGUGUAUUUUGAUAUCAAGUUUAUUUUACUUCGAUGCUGAAAUAUUACCAUUUUGAUAUUGUUAUUAUUGUCAUCCUUAGAAUUGUUAGCUUUUUCACUCGAUUAUUAUUAUUAUUAUUAUUAUUAAUCACUUCUUCAUUAAGUAUAUACCCAGUACACUGUAUUUCUUAAUUAAUUUCUUAAUGCCCGUUGCAUCCAUCUCUGGCCAUUUAUUAGCAGCGUUGCUAAAUUGCAUUAUUUUCUUCCAUUGCAUGCAAUAAAAUGUUGAAGGAAUGGUGUUGUGAAAUUGCUUGCAUUGCAGUCCCUAAAGUUAUCAAUAAUUCUCAUUCUUACAUUGCAUUUUGAAUAAUAAUAAUAAUAACAAUAUUAAUAAUAAUAGACACACUGUUAAUGCCAGAAUUUGAAUUUGGCUUGUAUUUUCGACGUUUAUAGCUUUGGGGACUCCAGUUUUUGGAAUUGGGUCUAUAAAUCUGGAAGAUGAAAUCUGGUUUUGGGUACAGCUCGGUCAUUUAGUUCCCCGGGAAGAGGGAAAUGCCCCUAUGGCUGAAUCUCGGUGCCCCGAAAAAAGGGUUCCACCGUGCAAAACAGGAUGUCGAUGACGUAGCGCCAUGGGGCUGACGUCACGAAGAGGUUGCCUCGUCGUCAGAGCAUCUCCUCGGUUGCAUAGUCCUCCCUUAGCGCGCGGUUUGCCAACAGCACACUCACUCACACACCCGUUCCCUUUUUCACUUUCCUCUUAAGCCCUAUCUCUCCUUCACCAAGAAAACGUCUGGAGGAGGCCGUCGCGCCCCUCUCCCUUCGCCAGGUGUCGCAAAUUUUGGUGGAAAACAGAAGUUUCGGUUCGCGCCAAAAGAUUCGAGUGCGAGUGUGUGCGUGCGUGCGUUCAUCCGUCUGUCUGUCUGUCUGUGUUCGGUGGAAUCUGGAGAAGAGCCACUUGCGCCUGCGCACUGAUUCAGUCCAUUUUGUUUUCGGUGGUUUGCAAAACAAAAUGGCGGACUAUAGUCUCAAGUCUAGGCUCUUACAUGCUCCUCUGUACAUGUCAGAUCCUGCCCAGUGGUCUGUGGACGACGUGCGUGCAUGGCUGAAGCUGCAGGCUUCCCAGCUGAACCUCCCUCCCCUGAUGCUGGACUUCUGGAACUACGGGGGCCCCUCCCUCCUGAAGCUGACUGAGCAGCAGUUCCGGCUCUUGGCUCCCGUCGGAGGCGAGCUCCUCUACGCCAAGCUGGAGAUCUGGAGGGAAGCCCUCAAGUCCUCCUCCAAGUUCGCCCCGCCCUCCCCCACCCCCUCUUCUGCCGCGCCUUCAGAUCCUCGUCAGCAGGUGGGCGGCGGCGCCUUCCUGCCACUUUCGCACCACCAGCAGAUCAUCGAUGCCACCAACAGCCUGAUGCUCCCGUCCUCACUUCACGCCCACCACCAGUUGCACCUGACGCACCAGGCCUCCUCUGGGGGGGCUCCCCCCUCCGCUCCAGGGGCGCAGGGGAGCGGCAGCAGCAGCAGCUCCGGCGGCAGCAGCGCCCCUUCUAGCCCUCCCCUGCCCCUCGUGCCCGCUCUGGCACAAGUACCCACCCCGGUGGCCCAGGUCAGCAGCCAGCAGGGAAGCAGCAACAGCGGCUCCUCCCCGAACACCCCCUCCCCUCCCCUCCAGCAGCAGGGCACAGCCGUCUACCUAGAUGAGUCCUGCAUGGACAUGGCGGCGCUCUUGCAGCAGCAACAGCAACAGCAGCAUCCCCCGUCCAACGGCAGCCCCCAGGGGGGAGCCUCCUCCCCCCACUCGGGUCACCAUCACCACACCUCUGCAAACCACUGCUCUCCCCAAGAGGACGCUUAUGACUCUGAGGACGAAGUCGAAGAAGAGAGCUGCAGCAGCAGCGGAGGGAGUGGCCGAGGCGGUACCCACAUCCACCUGUGGCAGUUCCUGAAGGAGUUGCUGCAGCAGCCCCAGCUGUACGGCUCCUGCAUCCGCUGGUUGGACCGACAGAAGGGCGUCUUCAAGAUCGAGGACAGCGUCCGCGUGGCGCGCCUCUGGGGCAAGAGGAAGAACCGUCCUGCCAUGAACUACGACAAGCUCUCCCGCUCCAUCAGACAGUACUACAAGAAGGGCAUCAUGAAGAAGACUGAGAGGUCCCAGAGGCUCGUGUACCAGUUCUGCCACCCCUACUGCCUGUAGGUCGUGGCCAGAGGCGUCAGCACAAGCGCGGCGGUGUGGUUCCGCUCGCGCGCGUUUCACGGCCGGCGUUCUUUCGAACGCCCCUCCGUCUGCCCGCGCGGCGUCGCCAUCGCCUUCCGCCUCUCGUCUUGUGUGUCAUGUGUGUGUGCGUGUGUGUGUAAAUGCGUGCGUGUGUUCCAUUUAGUUUGUAAGCGGGGAAGGUAAUUUCCCUGGUUUAAUCUAUUAGCACAUGGUCUGUUCCCCAGUGGGUCUACAGACUCGGCCAUUGCCGGGGUUUCCUCCUCCGGCGGCCUGAGCGCCCACUGAUCAAGGCCUGUGUGUUAUUUUUACACCAUAUAUCUAUGAUAUAUUCCCAUAUGUAAGUUCUAUGAACUUAGCUCGUAAGUCUCGGCGCCAUCAGUUAGUUGAGUGCCCGGGCAGCCCUGUCUUAUAUAUUACAUGAAUUAACUUUGUUGUUGGUUUUCUAGCCGACCUGACCACUCACAUAAAAAUGUUACAAAAAAUUCUAUAAAAAAAAUUAAAUGAUGGUCAUUUCAGCUCAUAGGCCUAUGUUAUGUUUUUAGCUUGUAAGUCAUGAUAUGAUGUCUAUUUAUGCGCAGAUAACCUUCAACUUGCGCCCUUUUCCUGUUGGAGCAAAAAUAGGCCCAGUUUGUGGCUGUACAUCUCUUCGGAGGAGGAGGGCGCGAGUUCUAGUUUCUGCCGACAGUUGUCCUUUUUUAAAUGUUUGUUGUUGAAGCGAGUCUUUGGAGCAGUUGGAGGUAGAAGCAGAAAGACUGCGCGAUCACCUUGAAAAGUAGUUCUUUUCGAUGUCGUACUAUGUAAUAGAAAUUAGUUUUUUUAGACCUAUAAUGAUAUGGUGGGAGGCUUAAGGACGAAUGGCCUAGUUCCUUCCCUCCCAUCAUCUCCCCCCCCCUAAAAGAAAAAAAAAAAAAAGAAAAAAAAUAUCCACUUGGGCCAUCGUUGGAGACGUAACUUUCGAGUCACCGCCCUUCUCCAAUCAGUACUGAAGUACUGAAGUAGGGGAAGAGCUCUGCCUGGAAGGUUCCUGCUCUUUCAGAUGGCUGUAACUCUUCAGUGUUGCCAACCUGUGAGUGUAUCGAUGCGUCUAAUGUCAGAGCUCUAUAAACCUAAACCUCUUCCUUUUUUUGAUUUACACUUGCAACCUGAUCUCGCUAGCUCUUUAUGCCAGCGAGCGAGUUCAGGUUGCACAUUAUUAUUAUUCCAUAAAUAUGCUCACGUCCUUGGCGUCGCUGCAGGUGCUUAGAUGUUAAAGAAGUUCUUCGGAAGUGAGCGUGACGUUCACUAUUCCAUAAGCCUUUAUAUAUGUAGCAUAUAUUUAUAAAAGAAAUUGUUUAUUUAGCAAUUUUAUGUAUUUAAUUUUUAUUUGGAGAUAAAAUGUUUAAGUCAGAUUAAUGAUGUCAAAUACCUGACCGUCAUGGUAUGUAGAAUGGUUGCCAGGUGAUUUGUGUUUUUAGACAGAUCUGUAAUGUUUCUGAAUGAAAUGUCAUUGUAAACCUCCCAAUUUUUGGUAAAAUUGAAGAGUCUGAAAACUCGAAUUGGUGUUAAAUAAAAACGACCCCUAGUAA